GUAUCCAUUGAGACGUUCCGUGUUUGUAUCCAUUGAGGAGCUGCCGGGCGCCGAGGGUGCGCGGGGCCGAUUCAAAGGGACAUUGAUCACGUCGGGGGCGCGGAGCGGCGGCUGCGGCGGGGAAGGGGCCGGCGCUGCCGCGCAGCGGCGCGGAGCCAGAGCGGCGGCCGGCGCGCUGCCUUCGCGCCGAGCCGGGGAGCCCGAGCCCGUGGCACGUUAAUUGGAUUUCAUUCACUCGGGGUGGAGGAAAAGCCCAAGGGCUCGGGCUGGAGAGGCGAUUAGGCAGGUUCAUUCAGGGAUUCAUUGACAGAGUAGCGGAGAGCGGGCAGGCUGGCUGCGCGCACACACACGCACGGACACAGGCAAGCGCACGCACGGACACACAGACACACACACACGCCGGGACCGGGGCUGCUUCUCCCUCCCCGUGACUCCACCGCCGCCCGGCGCGGGGGAGGCGGCGCGGGGGGGCUGCGUGAUUCAUUUUCCUGGGGCGGAGGGAGAUAAGUUGUGCGGAGUUGGAGGGGCACAGCCGCUCGCCGAGCUAGCCGCAUGCCUCUGUGAGAGAGGGGCGCUUCCAGAGCACGCUCCGCUCCCCCCGUCCUUCCUCAUGCUAGAUACGUUCAGACCCGUCCCUUUCGCGUCGGAAAUGGCGAUUAGUAAAUCCGUGGCGUGGCUGAACGAGCAGCUGGAGAUGGGCAACGACAGGCUGCUGCUGAUGGACUGCCGGCCGCAGGAGUUGUACGAGUCGUCUCACAUCGAGUCGGCCAUCAACGUGGCCAUCCCCGGCAUCAUGCUGCGGCGGCUGCAGAAGGGCAACCUGCCGCUGCGCUCCCUGGUCGCCAGCAGCGAGGAGGACCGAGAGCGCUUCGCCCGCCGGUGCGGCACCGACACGGUGGUGCUCUAUGACGAGCACAGCCGCGACUGGAACGAGAACACGGGCGGCGAGUCCGUGCUGGGGCUGCUGCUCAAGCGCCUCAAAGACGAGGGCUGCAAGGCGUUUUAUCUGGAAGGUGGUUUCAGCAAGUUCCAGGCCGAGUUCGCCCUGCACUGUGAAACUAACCUAGACAGCUCGUGUAGCAGCAGCUCCCCUCCUCUGCCGGUCCUGGGCUUGGGAGGCCUCCGGAUCAGCUCCGAUUCCUCCUCAGACAUCGAGUCUGACAUUGACAGAGACCCCAAUAGUGCCACCGACUCCGAUGGCAGCCCUCUCUCCAACAACCAGCCUUCCUUCCCGGUGGAGAUUUUACCCUACCUCUACUUAGGCUGUGCCAAGGACUCCACUAACCUGGACGUUUUAGAAGAGUUUGGCAUUAAAUACAUCUUGAAUGUUACCCCCAACCUGCCUAAUCUCUUUGAAAAUGCCGGCGAGUUUAAGUACAAGCAGAUCCCGAUCUCUGACCACUGGAGCCAAAACCUGUCUCAGUUCUUCCCCGAGGCCAUCUCCUUCAUAGACGAAGCUCGGGGGAAGAACUGUGGGGUCCUGGUGCAUUGCUUAGCAGGGAUCAGCCGCUCGGUCACGGUGACCGUGGCCUACCUCAUGCAGAAGCUCAACCUGUCCAUGAACGAUGCUUACGAUAUUGUCAAGAUGAAGAAAUCCAACAUUUCACCCAACUUCAACUUCAUGGGCCAGCUGCUGGACUUCGAGCGAACUCUGGGGCUGAGCAGCCCCUGCGACAACCGGGUGCCGACCCAGCAGCUCUACUUCACCACCCCUUCCAACCAGAACGUCUUCCAGGUGGACUCCCUGCAGUCCACGUGAGCUCCCGUGGCCUCCCUCGCUCCUCACGGGAUCAUUCCUCAGUGGUUUCUCUUUGGCAGUGGUAAAGCAAACGCAGCUUUCUCUUUUUCUGGUCUCUGGUGUCAAAAGGCAGCUGCCGAGGCUGGCUAGAAAAGGUUACACAGUGCGAGCUCGGCUAUUGCGAAGGGAGGGAAGGUGGCGAGAUCCCUGGGAAGGAAGGCAGUGCGCAGGCAGCAGGGGGGCAGCGCACCCGCGGGGCGCGCAGUUGUGCCCGCGGUUGUGCCCGCUCCCGCGGUGGCUCGGAUCUGAGGAUGUCCAAGGGGGUUCGGGUGAGACUGGACAGACUGAGCACGUGUUCUCUAGUGACUGGAACGAUACUGCUUCCUUCUCUGCUUUUGGAUCUAUGACAUACGUUUUUGUCUUCAGUGAAGACUCUCUGUUUUUUUUGUUUUGUUCUGUUUUAAUUUAGAGGAGCCAAAGAAAGAGAUUUCAGCUUAGUGUAUUUGGAGUACUUGUUUGCCAGGAGCUCAGUAGUAUUCUACUUGAUCAAUGUAAAUAUUUAAUCUUAAAUCAAUCUGCAUUUUUUUUUAAUUCACGUGUAUUUCAGAAGUCAGUCCAAAGGACAUCUACACUUUUGUUCUCUUCAUAAAUUCUGCUUUUUUUUUUUUUUAAUUGCAAAGAAUAUAUUUGCAGCAUGCUUGAUUUUAUUGUUCAACUGAAGCAAACUUUCCAUGGGGAAGAAAUGGCAAUGGAGAGAGGUUUGCAAAUCAUGUUUUGUGAGCAAGUACAGUCUCUUAUUUCAUAUAUUUUUCUUUUCCUUGUGGUGAUUUUUUUUUUUCUUACACUUUUGAUGUAGUUUCACAUGAGAUAUAUAUAUAUAUUUUUAAAUUAAAUUAAUUUUUGCCUUACCUUUUUGUAAAUAGAUCAUCUGGGAGGAGAUUUGUCUUUGAAUGAGAAAGAUUUUUGAUCACUUUUUAAAACUUUCAGAUGUGCUAAACAGUGCAUUACCUCUGUACAAAUUCUUCAGGGAGCUUCACCUCAAAUGCAAUAUUUUGUGUCUUUUUUUCUUUUUUUUUUUGGUAUAAAACUGGAAGUAUGUGCGAGCAUUUGUACCUGUGUGUGCGCACAGUGAACCUGCACAUGGUUGCCAAUAAGGGAGAGUCUAAUUCAUGGUGUAAAAGUUUUAAGAUGGAAUUUAUUAUUAGAAUGUAAAACCUUAAAUUAUUAAUAAAUAAAUAACUAUUUUUGGCUAUUGACAA